ACUUUAACGCAUGCGCAAUGAUACAGUGGUCCUAUGAAUGGGCGUUUCUUCCGCAACCAAAUAUUUAGACAGUAGAUAAAGAUCAAAUCGAAGGGUACAUUAUUUUUUCAGUGCAUGCAUUUAUACAUGAACUGGUUACAGCAGUUACAAUUUGCCGUUGAUUGUUUCGAAUUAGAUUGUGACACGACAGCCGAGGAACCAGAAAACCGCGCCAGCCUUCGUGUGAAGUCAACAUGGUAUUUUCUUUUAGGGUGAUUUUUGCUUUUACGAAAUGUUUCCCCGUAAGGUAUCAUUGGAUCCCGGUGAGAAAUUGCAACCUUGUUUCGUGCACUCGAAAUAUCAAUACAGCAAAGUGGCAGAAUCCUGUGACUGUUUCAAGUGGCACCCGGCAGUCUCCUAUUGACAUAAACACUGCCAAUUGUGUGUAUGAUCCACAACUCAAAGCUUUAAAGAUCUCGUAUGACCCAAAUGAUUGUCUUCGACUAAGGAACGACGGCUAUUAUUUCCAGGUGGAAUUUGAAGACUCCAGAGAUAGCUCGGUUAUUAGUGGUGGACCGUUGAAGAACCAAUACCGAUUGAAACAAUUUCAUUUCCACUGGGGUUCAAAAAGUGAGCAAGGAUCAGAGCAUACUGUCAACAAUCAGCUUUACCCUGCAGAGCUUCAUUUAGUUCAUUGGAAUCCAGUAAAAUGCAACAACAGUGAUGAAGCCAUUUUGUCUGAAGAUGGCCUUGCAGUUGUAGGAAUAUUUCUAAAGCUUGGAAAAAAGCACUGUCAACUAGAGAAACUUAUUGAUGCAUUGCCAGCUGUAAAACAUAAGGGUUCAGCAAUUGAUUUCCUUAACUUUGAUCCUGCCUGCAUGAUUCCAUCUUGUUUGGAUUACUGGACAUACCCUGGCUCGCUGACCUCUCCACCUUUAACUGAAUGUGUCACUUGGGUCAUUAUGAAAGACCCCAUCGAAAUUAGUCCAGAACAGUUGGCUGUGUUUCGCAGUUUGUUUUACACAUCCAUUGGGGAAAAGCAAAAGAAUAUGGUGGACAACUAUCGACCAGUCCAGCCUUUACUGAAACGAACUGUUUAUUCAACCAUUUCACCUUUCCAGAACAGCGAUUCCCAAUAGGAUAAUACACCUGAUUCCAAGCACUUAAAGAGAAAAUACCAAGGAGCCUUACAUAAUUUUUAAUAUGCUAAUUACUCCACUUACAAGUCUUGAGGGACCUGGGGGGGAAAAAAAAAUCAAUUCUUUUAGAAUUUGCAUGCUGAGACAGGAGCUUAAAAUUCUUUCAAAAACACAGAUGGUUCAAUAAAUAUGGUGCUCUUUUAUUAUCCAGUGUAGUUAGAAUUUGUGCAGUUAAGGUAUUUCUUAUCAUGUAGUAUAGUUAAAUUUAUAUACUGUUCAUAGGUGCUUUGCAGCCUUGACUUAUCAUAAACAGUGUAUGUUUAUGUAUAGAACACUAAAUUUAAGUUUGGUUAUUUUCUUUUCAUUAAAGUGUGAUAAAUAUGUUCUUAAACAUUUAAUCAGCAAUUAUAAUAAAUGUUUACAUCUAGGAUACUUAAUGGUGGCAUGUAUGUAAAUAUAUUAUGGUUCUUACUGACUGUUGAAUGAUGCCUUGUUAAAAACUGAGACCAAAAUGGAGUAAAAAUAAUUGAUAGUUAAAAUAAUAAAUUUAGUGAGGUAUGGUGUGACAAACUGCUAUGCAAUGAGGUUACAGCCUGCACAGUAGUAAUCUAUUCAAAUUGCUAAUGCAUGAUCUUUUUGCAUAUUGCAACAGGUGCCUGAUCUCAGCAAUUAUAGAACAAUAACUGAAAUCAAUAUACCAAUGACACUUUCAUAUGGCUUCUGGUUGUCCUCACCAGUUAUAUUGACUGUUCUGCAGGCUUAGGAAAGUUUGAAGAUGGGCAAGAAAACAAUAAAUUUACAAUUUUUGUAUCCCUAAUAAAGUCCUGAGGUGUCUGGGUACAUGUGGAAUGAUGUUAAAGUUUGAGGUGGUGCAGAUAUGCAAUAUUGCUGGUGUCCAAUGGUCCGAGUAAGUCAAAUGUUCAGACAACAAUUACUUAUACCAUGUGGUAUGAGAAUCCAAGGCCAAUCACAGCCAAUGUUUGGUUGGGUUAAUUGGUGCCACUAUCCCUUUUUCUAUUUCUGUCUAUAGGGCUUACUUGGCCUAAAAUAGGACAGGGAAAUCACUACCGAGCAGUGUUUUGUCUUAAACUAGGUGUCAUUUAUAGCAUAAUCAGGAUGAGGUACAAGUUACCUCAAUAGGACAGAUAUGGUUACUAAGACUAUUGGAAAAUGCAGGAUAACUUUGAGAUCCUAAGAAAUUCUCCCUUUCUCCACUCAACUUCUGAUCACAUUAUUAAAUUGAGUGGAACUUAAUGCAGACUUCAACAUUCUCCCUGUGAGAAGGAGACUUACGCAACAGAAGUUAUCUCGCAUCCAUCUCAGACAGGAGAAUCAUCUUAAUGUUACAGUAAAUGUAUCCUUUUGCUCACAGAUGGAAUACUACAUAGCAAUAGGAAUUAAUAGGUAAAUGGUCACCAUUUUCCUCUUAAACAUGACAUGAUAUGACUAGAAUGUUUAAAUGAUUCCUUAUCGAAAUCUUAUUUCCGUAAUUGUUUGUUUUGAUUUUGCAUUUAAAAUAACACUACCUGUUCCUAUCAUCUCUGUAGGAAGUCCAUACUGUAUCAUCACCCAUAUCCUGGCAUCAUAAAAUACUUCAGAGAUAAUGGGAACUGCAGAUGCUGGAGAUUCCAAGAUAAUAAAAUGUGAGGCUGGAUGAACACAGCAGGCCA